GGAAGCGUGGAGGCUAUGACCGUGAGAAGAACUGGGAAUUGAAAGACGACGUCGUUUUAUACGGAAACCAAAAUCAAAACGGGUUUUUUUGGGUGCCGUUGAGGAUGGAAGAAGCCUCAGAAAUUGGGUUGCCAGAGGCGUUUCUGGAUUUUCUGAAGGAGAAUGGUGUGGAUCCUUCGAUAUAUACAACAGACGAUUCAACGCCUCGAUAUAUAAGGUUGAAACCCGGUAGCGUUAGUGAAGCACAAGUCCAACAGCUAGAAGCUGAAUUCAAGUCGAAGCUUGAGAAAGUGGGUUGGUUACCGAAUUUCUACUCUCUUCCACCCCAGAUUCACAUUGCAAACUCCAUGGCUUACAAGGAAGGGAAGAUAUAUGGAAUUGAUGCAGCUUCUGGGGCAGCUGUUGCAGCUUUAAACGUCUUUGAGGGAGAUCAUGUUCUUGAUCUGUGUGCUGCUCCUGGUGCUAAACUUUGUAUGAUGUUAGACCUUAUUGGUAAUUCGGGUUCUGUAACUGGUGUUGAUGUUGCAAGACAUCGUUUAGCUGCUUGUAGAACAAUGAUUCAGAAAUAUGCACUGGGAGAUAGGUGUCGGCUCUUUGUUGCUGAUGGAACAACAUUUUCCCUCAUUCCUGUGAUGGAACAUUCAGAUUCAAAAUCAGGUGGUGAAUUUGCAUCUAAAGGAAAGGUGGAUGUAUUUAAGGAGUGGACUUCUAAAAGACCAUGGAAAGAAAGGAAAAAUGCAAAGAAAGCUAGGGAAGGCAUUGGUUCACAGUUAGUCCCAGGGAUUCAAGAUCCAGAACUCAUAUUUUAUGGGCGGCAUUCUGGAGUGAUUGGUCUUAGUAGAACUGAACUAUAUAAAAUUGCAUGUGACAGUGAGGUGUUGAAGUGUGGCUAUGACAAGGUCCUUGUUGAUGCAGAAUGCACUCAUGAUGGGUCAAUUAGACAUAUCCAAAAAUUUGACCAUUGGGGAUGGGAAACACUUGAGCGCCGUGUAUUAGAUGCAGAGAGGACUGAUAGCUUAACCGUUCUUCAGUUCCGGCUUCUAAGUAAUGGUUUUAGAUUACUAAAAGUUGGGGGAUCACUUGUCUACAGCACGUGCAGUUUGACAGCUGCUCAGAAUGAAGAUGUGGUAGAACAAUUUCUUCGGGAAAAUGCUUCUGCUGAGUUGCAGGAGAUAGAUGCUGCCACAAGCUGGCCUUGCAAAAGUGGUGGGAUACCAAAGACGUUACGGUUUGAUCCCUUGACCUCUCAAACCAGUGGGCUUUUUGUCGCCAAGUUCACAAAAUUGGCCAGUUAGCGAAGGUUGGUUCUUGCACAUGUUGCUGGACACGAAUUUAUCAUGUACAUACUGCAUGUCGUUAUUAGGUGGUGCUGCCUCAGUCUGCCAUGAUAGAUACGACAACAUCCUGCAAGCACGGAACAAGCCAGGCAUGCCUCACUUGAAGAGUUUUGGGUCCAUCUUAUUGAUGCUUCUGCAUCUUGUGUCUUCAAAAUUGAAUGUAAAGUUUAUAUGACAGAAUUGGGUUUUAUUUUUUUGGGAACAGUGGGAAUCCACUCACAUGCGUAAACGCCUUUGCAAUAGAAAUGGAAAUUCCUUUUGACUUUUAAUUACUA